AUGGUUGAAAACGGAUCCCACCUGGACAAUGAAACACUUGCAAUGCUCCAGAAUAGAGCUAUCUCCGUCACCCUCCCAGUGGUGUAUACACUGGUGGCUAUCAUCAGUAUCCCUGGCAACUUGUUCUCCCUUUGGGUGCUCUGCUUGCAUAUCAAACCCAAAACGCCUUCUGUUAUCUUCAUGAUCAACCUGAGCAUCACAGAUCUCAUGCUGGCCUUCUGCUUUCCCUUCCAAAUAUCUUAUCACAUCCAGAGCAAUCAUUGGAUCUUUGGCAAGAUUCUUUGCAGCCUUGUGACUGUGAUGUUCUACUCCAACAUGUAUUCUUCCAUACUGACCAUGACUUGUAUCAGCAUUGAGCGGUACAUGGGUGUGGUAUAUCCCAUGAAGUUGGUCAAGUGGAGAAGAAAAAGAUAUGCCUUCGGUGCCUGUAUGGUAAUGUGGCUUUUCUUGCUACUAGCUUUCUAUCCACUGGAAAGCACAGAUCUGACCUAUGAAGUGAAAGAACUGGGGAUUAUAACCUGUUUUGACGUUCUCAAGUGGGAUAUGCUGCCCAAUUUUGCAGCCUGGGUGGCCUUUCUCCUCACGCUAUUUGUUGUGCUCUUCCUGAUCCCUUUCAUUGUAACAGUUGGAUGCUACAUCGGCAUCAUUCGGAAGCUUAUUCAGACAUCAAACAGAUAUGGUAACAGGCAGAAGACUAGAUCCAUAUACCUGGCAAUUAUAGUCCUUUCGGUGUUCGUCACUUGCUUCGCCCCCAAUAACUUUAUCCUACUUGCGCAUAUGAUCGUCCGCCUGUUUUACAAGAGGAGUUUGUACCCUGCCUACAAGCUCACCUUGUGCCUCAGUUGCCUCAACAACUGCAUAGAUCCCUUCAUUUACUACUUUGCCUCUAAAGAAUUUUACCAGAAAUUGAUGCAAGUGUUUCGCCCUAAAGUACUGCUCAGUGACAGCUUGGAAACCAGAAGGGAAAGCUUAUUUUCUGGCAGGACCAUGUCAGCCAGAUCGAUGUCAAGUGGACCUAUGGAUGGGUUAGAGGGAGUAACAGUCUAUUUGCAAAGGCAGGAAAGUGUUUUCUAG